UGUGGUCGGUGCGUAGCGCCGGUGCCAUGCGGUCAGCAGAACGGAAACCUUAAGUGGCAGAACGAAGGACGUUGAACGUAAUGCGGGAAACACGUUUGCCCGACUAGCAUUCUUAUUAGAGCAGCGCUUCUUUGCUCAUCGACGACACAGAACUGGUGCAGCAUGUCUAACCCGCUUCCGACCGAGAUACACGACCUUCAGGAGCUACGCGAUCACCCUGAGAUCGGAGGAACGGUGUACAAGCACUACUUAGCAGCAGCCGUCGAUUUGGUCGCUGGCACCGCCGGUGGUGCUGCCACUGUGGCUGUCGGUCAGCCACUCGACACGGUCAAAGUGAAAAUGCAGAGCUUCCCCGAGCUGUACCCCAGCAGCAUCAAGUGCUUCCAGAAGACCCUCUCUCAGGACGGUGUGCGGGGCUUGUAUGCCGGAACCAUCCCCGCCCUUGUGGCCAACAUUGCGGAGAAUUCGGUUCUCUUCUGUGCCUACGGAGUGUGCCAAAAGGUUGUGCAGAAAUUGGUUCGAAAGCCCAACGUGCAGGAACUGAACCCCCUGGACAAUGCCUCAGCAGGUUUCCUUGCUGCCUUUUUUUCUUCACUCACCCUGUGCCCCACUGAGCUAGUCAAGUGCAAGUUGCAGUCCAUGCGAGAAAGCACUCACUUGAAAGGGGCCACCAGUCAAGCUGGCAUUGGAACGUGGCAGCUUACCAGGCAGAUCUACAGACAAGACGGCUUCUUGGGAUUUUUCAAAGGGUUUUCAGCUACACUUGUCAGGGAGAUGCCUGGAUAUUUCUUUUUCUUUGGAGGCUAUGAGGGAGCUCGCUAUCUAUUCACACCACCAGGAAAGACGAAAGAAGAAAUAGGUGUUGCCAGAACUAUUGUCAGCGGUGGUAUAGGUGGCAUGUGCCUUUGGCUCUCUAUCUUCCCAGCCGACGUUAUCAAAUCUCGCAUUCAGAUCUCUGGAUCCAACGAGCCUGCCCUAUCUGUAGCGAGAACUAUAAUUCGUACUGAAGGUCCUUUAGCCCUCUAUAAUGGAUUGGGACCAACACUGUUGAGAACAUUUCCAGCAACAGGAGCCCUCUUCCUCGCAUACGAGUAUACUAGAAAAACACUAAACUCUGCAUUUGGCAUUGAAUGAGAGGCUAUUCUCUAUUGUUACUCGUCGCGUAUGUGAAUGGUAAAGAUAUAAAGACAUAUACGUAUGUCAUUGUUGAUGUUGCAAGUAGUUGCGCUCGUACUUCUUUUACCUCAGUGUAACGCCUGGUCUGCGUUCUGCUGUCUGUGGCAUCUGUGGUCAUGCACCCUGCCACAGUGUACUAGGAGCAUUUCAUAGCCAAGCUGCUCAUUGCUGUUUUUAUGCCUGUGAUGUGGUACUGUCAGGGGACAGUGAUGCCACAUGCAGGUGACACAGCAGAGCAUUCAACAAACUGAACCGUUGUGUUAAUGUCAAUUCUGCUCAUAGAUCAAGUGAGGCACUCUCUGGCAGCGAGUAAACUUGUCUGUUUUAUAUUUCAAAGGCCACGUCUUCGCAGAAAGUUAGUGAGGAAAAAGAAAAAGUCAAAGGCCUGCUACAACCAGUUAUGAACAUGGACAAGCUCAACGUACACAUUUGCUACAGUAAAGCUGCAGUGAAUCACAGCACACAUGAGGUGCAUGACAUGCAGUUCUCUGGUGAGUUGUAUUGAAAAGGUAUCUUGACUAUUUGAAUUAGCUAAUUAGCUGUCUAGUUGUUGCAGACUAGUGUGAACCAUGACAUGUUUUAUGUGACCAAGAGUAUGAACUUCUUUACGGGUGAGACUUGCUUUAGGGGGCACGUGACCAUAUCAAGGGGUAGCUCAAGGCAACCGAUGUUAGCAGUGAAUAGUGCUUUCGGCCUGUCAACAUGCUGUAUUUUCUCGCGAUUUGUCAGCUUCUCCCACCAUGGCCACACUGUUUCGACGUCUUGCCAGUAUGAAUGAGCUCAGUCGCAUUUGCCAAUGAUGUGUUUAAUUGUUAUGACCUGAAAGGUAAGGUUUGCAUCUGCAAUACUGAUAUGCAGCAGUCGGCAAAUGUAUGUUUUGUGCAUCAUCAUAUAGGUUAAGGUUGUAGCUUGAACAUGUGCGAAUCAUAACGGAUGCUUCGUGGUGGAACAAAAUCGCUCAGUGUUGUUCCUAACCCGCAGCAUGUUCUAUCUAAACAAUGACAGAUUUGCAUUCAGGCGAUACUUCAAAUGUCUGAGGGCUGCAAUAAAUCACGGUUGAAAGUUUUCUAGGGACCACGGUGGAAUUGUUGAAUGGUUUAAAGCUGGCAAAGUGUGUAUGAUUGUGUUGCCUUGUGUGAUGUUAGCCAGUGAAGACUCACUUGCAACUCCUGUUGACUCCAUGAAAAUGUUAGUAGGGUGCAGUUAUUUAAUAAAAGCUCAAUGCUAUGUUAUUUAUUUUCAAUGAUAAAAACUAUGAACCCAAGAUGUACACUGUGUUUCCCUCAUGUGCCCCUGGUUAAAUGUGUCAAAAAUGUUUCUGAUUCGAGUAUUUUUGUAUAUCCCAUGUGUCCGAAUAAAACUACCCGAGUUAUGCCUGCCCUACUAUA